AAACGAAUCUCGACCUGCCUGCAUUCUGUAGUUGUCAUUAUGACGUACUGACAUGGCGAGUAGCUAUAUUAGAAGGGAGUUAUUUGAUCCGUUGAACUUUCUUUGUAUUUCCUGUCGUUUGUAAUAGAGUAAUGGCGUAUCUUUUCAACUCGUUCUAAAAAGAAUCGAAGUCUCCACAGACUGUUUUCUUGUUUCGGAAGCGCCAUCCUGUGGCUCAGUCUCAAAUGUGUCGCUACUUUCUACUCUAUAGGAGCUCUAAUAAUGGAUCCGACACCCUAUGUAGUGCACUACAGCACACACGUGUAGCCGUUUGGGAUUCGGCCUUAGGUUGAGUUUCUUCAGCUGUUACCAAAGUUCAACGCUGUUUUUACCCAAACCGGUAUUUCUACGUUUCUAGACUACUGCCAUCAAGCAGCAGUUAGCUAGCUAGCAUCAUGUUUGUUUCGGCAUUCUGUGCGCUUUUGUGCGGGGCUUUUCUGGCUGCAAUGCUUUUCAUUUUGCGUUUAAUCACUGUUUUGCUGGCUGGUGCGGAGUGCAAACCUGCUAAACAGGGCUCGGUGUGUGUUCUUAUUGUGGUCGGAUCAGGUGGACACACGACAGAGAUCAUUCGUCUGACUGGGAGUUUGUCGCAAACUUACACCCCACGCCAUUAUGUGAUCGCAGACACUGAUAAGAUGAGUGAAGAUAAGAUUCGCACAUUUGAAGCAUCAAAAGAGAAAAGCGGCACUCAAGCACAGUUCACCAUUCAUCGGAUCCCACGCAGUCGAGAAGUUCGUCAGUCAUGGAGCUCCUCUGUGCUCAGUACUCUGAACGCUCUGCUCUACUCACUUCCUCUUGUCUUCAGACUCAGGCCUGAUAUGGUGCUGUGUAAUGGGCCUGGGACAUGCAUACCUUUGUGUGCAGCUGGGUUGCUCUUAGGGAUCCUGGGGCUCAAGAGGGUUUUGCUGGUGUAUGUGGAGAGUAUUUGCCGUGUGGAGAGCCUCUCCCUGUCUGGAAAGAUCCUUUACCACUUAGCUGACUACUUCUUUGUGCAGUGGAAGCCUCUGCAAAACAAAUAUCCCAGAUCAAUCUACAUUGGGAGGAUAGUAUGAAUGAAAACUUGAAUCGACAGAACAUUAUCAUUUUGUAAACAAUAUGGUACAGUGACCUUUGUUAGGUCAGAUGUAUGUACUUUUCAUUGGGUUUUCUUUUUUUAAAAACAUAUUUUUUAUAUUGACUGUCUGGUUAAUUAUAGACGCUGUUACAGGAAUGCACCAUUUUAUGUCACAUAAGAUGUAAGGAAUAACAUGCACUAUGAUUUAUGCAGUGUAUGUCCUCAUGCCCUUGAAAGUCUUGACUCAUUAGAGGGCCUGUGUUCAGUCUUUUCCUUUUUUUUCUUAAAUGAAACCGAGACCAAGAUUUGAUAUAAAGAAGACGGGCUGCUAAGUGCUGUCGUCAUGCAGCCAAACCAAACACCACACCAUGUCAGUGUCUACAUGUGAAAACAGCCACAUUUUUAUAUAGUUCAGUUAAUGGUUCCACCUGAAUGAGUGGACCGUAUCAGUCAUCCAGGUACUUGAUUUUUUUUUUUUUUUUUUUUAAAUAGCUGCGGUAGUGUUUUCCUCUGCCUUUGUGUAUAGUGAUCACCUUAAGAAUCCUAAAGUUGCAUUGUAAAGUUCCUGUCCUUAGUGCUGCUACUGCCAUAGACACUGCUGUGGGGCAAAGGAAGUGACAUGAAUAAUUGAGGUGUGGUUGCCCCCCCCACCCCCCGUCAUAAAAAAUAGGGGGAAGUGAGACAGUGCUCAAAUUCUGCUAACAAUGUUUCCAUUUUUAGCCCUAAUCUCAGAACACUAGUAUUGUAAAUGUGCUCAUGCUAUUUUUGGGAGCACCAAUACAAAUAUUGUAAAAUUAUAACUGUACUUGGUACGAUAAUUGUCUGAUUGCCUUUUCCCUCAGCUUGCUAUGGACAUGACCGGGACAUCCCUGAACAGCAUGAGUUAAAAAAGUUACAGCUAAAUUAUGUGGUGUUUCAGAGAUCAGACAUGUGCACUUGAUGACUGGUUAACGUAGGCCAUGACAGGUUUUAACCAUGUCAGAUCAUGUAAAAUCUUUUCAAAUAUGAAAAGAUUUGCACACAUUUGGGAUUGUGAUUAGAAGAUAAGUACAUUCUUGUAAGAUGCAGAGAAGUGAGUGUUUGUUACUUCUCCUACAGCAGGGUGGCUGUUAUCAUUGGCAGCUGGCUGCAGUGAUUAAGUCAAUCACAGAAGGAUGAGUAGACUGAAACUCAGUGAUCCAACUCAGACAUGUCUAGAUUGUGGGUGAUGAAGAGAAAGUAGUUUUGUAUGUAUGUGUGUUAUUUUGCAAGUAUUAUUAUAUUAAAAGUAUUAUCACCUGAGGGAUCAAUUUUUGCAUACUUUCAAUCGGUGUACUAGUAGAAAAGAAUGACUUGGCACCUGGGUUUCAACAGAGUCAUUUAUUUAUUAUAGCUCUGAAAAUUAGUAUCUUCUAUGUUAAAGCUUGUCACUGAUGGUGUUUGUUUUGUUUUUGGGUUUUUUUUUUUAAUAUAUAAAACUUUUCUAUCCAGUGGUUCAAUUACUGUGCUAUUUGAGAUCUGCACUGUCUCAUGUUGCAAGCUAUACGGAGACAACACAAAAUUAAAUUUGCCAACAGUCAUUUGAACUCUGGGACUGUUUAAUAGAAAGUGUUAAAUCUAAGUCUUUAAAAGUGAAAGAGAUUAAAAUAGCACACUAGAUUUUAAAAGCAGGUUAUCCAAAGACACAAAAAAUGUAGAAAUCUAACCUGCAGUGAGAGAUGCCUAAAAAUUUAUUGUUUUCCAGCAACUAGUUCUGUGCUGAUUUGAAUGUACAGUAGUCUAGGUCUUGGGCACCUGUUUACUAUUAUACCUUUGUCUUCUUUAUUGUGUUUGUCUGUCUGGAUUCUUUACUGAAAGACUAAAUAUUAAAUAAAAUAUUUUGUAUGUCAUUCAUGAAAGGUAAUAGACCAUUGUUAAGAUUAAGGGUUUUUUUUCCACCUUCACUAUCGAAAGCAAAUAAGAGGCAGGUUCUCCAGGAAGCUUGAACAACCUCCCAGCAUGACUGUGUACCUAAAAGAAUUGAUGUAAAUUAAAAAGCAAAAGGUGGUAACACAAAUAUUAUUCAGUCAUUUACUGUUUGUGCCUCUUUGUUCAUAUAUUUUUUUUAAUUUGGAAAUGUUUUGUCUCUUAUUUUUGAAGGUAUCUUCACUUUAGAUAAUUUAUUUACAUGCACAGUGCUGCAGGAGUGGGGUCAUUAUCUUAAUACAGUUCUGAUUUACUUCUUAAUCGUCUUACUUAGUAGAAGCAACACUGUUUUAAAAAAAAUACCCUGCAUAAAAUAAAAAUAGCCUGGUAUUUAGUAGAAUUUAGUCGUCACUCUUCACAAGAGCCAUUAGAACACAGUUGCAAAUCAGUUACAGUGUCGUAUUUUACAGUGGGUAACAGAGUUUUUUUUUUUUAUCUUUGUAAGCAGUUCCUAAUUUUCACCCAAACAAUAGGCUAACAGCUAAUAGUUUAUUUUGAAACUUGACAAUUCCAGUCUGCUUUGGUUCUUCUUUUCCUCCCUAGCUCACAGGCCCUUUUGUAUUUAUUUUUAAUAAAGGAAUUUUAUAAACAUACAACUUCAUAUUUGUUCAAAUACAACAACCGAGGUCCUGGACACAGCUGUUUUAAAAAAGUAUUUUUUCCCCAAAGAUGCCAAUUUGUUUUUAUUCAGUUAUUUUAAGUAUAACAAAUGUGUGUGGGAGGAUGCUAUUCUUAAAAAUAUUAUUUUGAAUUUAAUUGUGUUGUUGUUAAAGGAAAAGUAAAUAGUUUCUCCAACUGUUUGGUGGAAAUUCUGAAUCAUUAUAUGUAUAAUGCUUUUACAAUUGUUUUUGCCAGUUCUUUCAAAGGGUGCCAAUAAUUCUGAAGUAGGUGUAUGAGUCAACAGGCUAUCAUGCUAAACAUACUAUGGGUUUCUGAUGGUGUUAAAUGGAUUGCUUGAUAAACAGCCUUUAUCAAUAUAUAAAUAUAUUUGUAAUAUAGUGGGCAAACGGUGGUUUAGUGGUUGGCCGUUCGCCUCACACCUCCAUGGU